AUGGCGGCAGCUCAGCUUCCUCCUCUCCAGUUUGACGAAGGCGGACUGCAGAUCGUUCUCCUGCCGUCGUUCGAAGACGGAGAGGCUGGCUCUUUCGACGACCCCUUUGCCGACUACUUCGGCCGUGACGACGGCGAAACCAACGAAACCGAGGGCAAUGGCACGCCAAAGCUGCACUCUCCAAAGACCACGCACGAACUGCCUGGAGAGACGCUGCAGCCGACGGCCUACCAAAGCAGGCCACACUCGCCCCAACAGCACCGCCCAGAUACUGCACAAACCGAGCGUGCUUCUCAACCACCACCCCAGAGGCAACAAGAUGAGCUUGAGCAGCUUGGUAAACAGCAGCUCGAACCAAAAACUACUCAUCACUCGCGGCAGCCCUCUGCGCAAUCCUUUGAAUCAGAUUUCGAGACCGUUCAUUACGCACAGGACUCGCCUUCGACUGGAGACGACUCUGCACCGGAACAUCCUAUUCCGGCAUUCCAGGAUGCUUUUGCGGAAUCCCUGCGAGAAGCGACCGAGGGAACGGCCGUGCAGAAACCCAAGCUGCACGAGAUGGACGCCAAGUCUCGCCGUGAACUACUCCUCAGCCAAGACAAGGACGCAGAACCCUUUGAUAUCAAAUGGCGAUAUCGACCAGGCCAGACCCAGCACGAGGUCAUGAAACUGGUCGCCCAAAUCUCCUUCGGCGUUUACCUCAUGUUCAACGGCAUGGCAAAUAGUAACUCGCAGGUCAUUGGUAUCCUCCAAGGCCACAUUGACGAAAUCGACGAAUUCCUCGAGGUCACCCUCGAAGAUUUGAACCAGGCUGUAGGCGAUUUGACAAAGCGAAUUCAGCACCUCAAGCUGCCCAUGGAGAACAUUACCGUAUUCGAGCAACUGCUGGAAGACCGCAAAUUUCGCGCCGAGAUUCUCGAUGGCAAUGAAAGAAUAGAUGGCAUACUCACCCGAACCAACGCCGCCAUGCGACAGUGGGACGACGAUAUCGAAGCUGGCCUUCGAGGCAGCACAGUCUUCGCCAGUUGGCUCAACGACCAGGCCGACGGUGGCUGGCGCGAGGAGCAGCCUGAUCUCAUCGACGUUUUUGAUGCUAUGAAGGGCAACACAGAUGGGUGGCUCAAUGCCUUUGAAGACAUGAAUGAUCGCGCUCAGGAGAUCAAUGGUCUCAUCAUGACACUCAUGACCAUUAUCACCGAGAUGGAGAGUAAAGCCGGUGAAGUGAGUCGAAGAACUUGGACCUCUGUAGCGCCGUUUUCCACACCCGCUGGAACACCUCUACCGCCAUCCACUCACAAAUCCGUCAAUGGCGCUUCUCCCUCGCCCCCGCCUUCGCGCCAUUCGCAUGCCAAAUCAACCAUCCCUUCAGUCUCCCAAGUAUAUGUCCCAAAUCCCCUGUCACUGACACCCAACGAAUCCAACAAAGGAGACGAGGAUGAUGACGAUGAUUUAUUCUUUCCGCUCCCGGGUGGUCUGCCCUUGUUGCCACCAAGCAACAAUCGUCAUCGUGACAAUGCCUCUGUCUCGUCCAAGCCACGCUCAGAAACGAUUGCAGAUUCCCCGACGAUUCACUUGCCGGAGACACGCAGCGAGGCCACAUCCGAGGACGCAUCGCUGUACAUUCUCCAGCCCCGAACCUAUACUCCGCAGCCUCCUGCCCCCGUUCCUUCUCCCAUGCUGAUAGCAUCCCCAUCGUCCGCCGAGCCUGCGCCUCUCCGCAGGCGGCCUUCUCUCCGUGAUCGCAUCACCAAUCCGCCCACCUCUAUCCAAAUCCCACCAACAUCCACCCCUGAUUCUCCGCUGUAUGUGCCCUCCUCGGCCUUUGGGACACCCCGAACCACCAGUUCCAUGCACGACCUGCGAAGCCCAGAAAAUGGCUACAGCCGCCCGCCGCCGCGGUCUCGCGGCGCCUCGCCCCUGGACACGCCGACUUCCGACCUGCGAACCUUUACGCCCUCGCCCUUUUCCGAGCAUCACGCCUUUCAGCCUGUCCGGGCCUCGCCGCACUCGCCGCUGCAGCAGCGGCCACACACCGCCGCAGGACCGCAGCCGCAGCCGCGGCCCGGCACGGGACAGAUGGGACACAAGCCCACGCCGCUCGGCGCCAUGACGAACAUGAGCAGCGUCUCGGUCGCGCGACCGCCGAUGGACCGCAACCACACCUCGAGGAGCGGCAUGUCGCAGAACACGACGGACCGGCAGCUCAAGAAGAAGAAGAGCGCGUUUGGCUGGUUCAAAAAGGCCUUCACCAUGGACGAGGACGAGCGCGCCGCGUUUGAGGCGCGCAAGGCGGCGGCCUCGCCGCCGCAGCAGCAGCAGAGAUACUACGAUCCCAACACGCCCCGGUUCAUUGACGGCAGGAGAAUACGCUAG